AUGAAGUGGUGCAGCCUCAUCGGUGCGUGUUUGGGCUUUGCGGCCACCGCCCAAGCCGCUACGGCCUGGCAACAGCGCAAUGAAACAUUUGCGGUUGCGGACGCUCCUAUUGGAGUCUUUUCCAAUUUCACAAGCAAGGCAGAUGCAGUGGCCGGUCUCGAGCUAGCGCUGAACUCGUCCAAGAUCUCUCGCCAAGGAGAUUUUCGCUACGGGCAGACCAUUGCGAGAAUUUGGACUGAGCAGCGCAAGAUCUGGCCUGAGUUGAUACUCUACCCGGAAAACACAGCCGACGUCAGUGUCAUCAUGCAAUUCUACUCUGCGGCCCACACUUUCUGGGGUGAUAAUGGAUUUGCAAUCAUGGGCGGCGGUCACGCAGACUUCGGAGGAGCACAGUCUCCCAGUGUCAUAAUCGACCUCCACAAAUUUGGUGAAACCGAUUUUGUCAGCAGUGCCAACGUGAGCGCCACCGCCCCCAGCACUUCUUGGCCGAUCUUGAAGGUGGGCGGCGGUAAUGACGCCGGCGACGUCUACAGCAUACUCGAGGGAACCGGCUGGGCCUUUUUGGGUCCCCGUGCUGCCUCCAUCGGUGUCGGCGGUUUCCUGCUUGGUGGAGGUAUCGCAUUCCAGACCAACAAGUACGGUAUCGCCAACGACAAUCUAGUUGGUCUGGAAGUGGUUCUGCUCAACGGAGAAGUCAUCUACGCCAACCCUUACAAUGAGUACUCGGACCUCUUCUGGGCCUGCACUGGAGCCGGCUGGAUGGGCGUUGGCGUCAUCACCCACUUCUACAUUCAAGCUUACCCCGACCCUGGCGUUGUAUACACUGUUACGAUCGACUGGGCGGAGGAUCAAGCUCCGCAUGUCUUCGAGCAGACAACGAAAUUUUUUGAGAACAACGAGGAUCCUGACGCAUUCCCGGCGCUGUUGUAUUAUUACAAAGAUCCCGCGGAGCCAAACGCCGUUGUACCACUUCGCGAGCGUCAAUUCGUCUUCCAACUCAACGCGGUGUACUUCGGAGGCAACGAGACCAUACUCAAAAGCACAUUUAGCUCGUUCUACGAAGGCGCCUCUUCCAUCGGUAUUCAAGAAUGGACGCUAAAGAGCCUGGACCAGUAUCUCCUCACCAACUAUCCCUACGGCUACCAGCGCAUUUUCUACGGCAAGAGCCACACCCACUCGACCGUUGACUUCUACAACCAGACAUUUGCCAUCUACAAGGACACCAUCAACGGGCUGAUUGCCCGUGGUGAAGAUCCCGGCCACACCAUCUGGGUGGACGAGUACCUCCUGCCCGGCCUCAACGGCAACCUGCCCGCCAGCGACAGCGACACGGCCUGGCCGCACUCGACGAGCGCGCACAUCACCCUCACGUCGGCCGAGUGGACCAACCACACCAACCAGGCCUUCGUGUACGACCGCGAGGAGAACCACAUGAUGGCCUACCUGCGCGACUUCGAGAAGACCUCGGGCGAGCCCGCCAUCUACGACUACCCCAACUACGUCGCGCCCUUCAGCGUCGCGGGCGAGGUCUGGGGCGAGGACAACUUUGGCCGCCUGCUGGAGAUCAAGUCCAAGUAUGACCCCCAGUGUCUGUUUAACCGGGGCCGUGUCUUUGCUACGACUGCCUGUGUGGAUAAGGGGCUGGCGACGACGUGGGUUGACAAGUCCACUGGGGGCUUCGUUGAGUAA